AUGUACGCCAAUGCAGGUCUGGUUAAAAUAGCUCAACAAAUGUUCGAUAAAAAUCCUUGCAGAGACAUAGUGUCUUGGACCUCUCUUGUCUCGGCUUAUGCUAAGUGUGGCCUUCCUGAUGAUGCACAACGAGUAUUCGAUGAAAUGCCUGAACGAAAUGCUGUGUCUUGGGCAGCUGUUGUCUCGGCCUAUUCUCAGAGUGGUCGUCACAAGGAAGCGUUAUUAGUGUUCCACAAUAUGCGUAGCGCUGGAUUUGAACCUACUCAGGCUACACUUAUCUCUGUCCUCUCAUCUGCAGCCCAGCUUGGUGCUCUUGAGGAAGGGAAGUGGGUGCAUGGUUAUAUUGACUACAAUGGAAUUUCUUUGACUGCCAGUCUUGGCACUGCACUCCUUAAUAUGUACGCUAAAUGUGGUUGUAUCGAUGAUGCAAUGCAAAUUUUUGCGGAAAUGCCUUUGCGGGAUUCUCUUGCUUGGACUGCAAUGAUAUCUUCACUUGCUAUGCAUGGACAAGGAGAGAAAGCACUUGUUCUCUUUGAUGAAAUGCUCAGUCUAGGAUUGCAACCCGACCAUGUCACCUUCGUUGGUGUUCUAAGUGCAUGUAGCCAUGCUGGGUUGAUUGAAGAGGGUCUUUAUCAUUUUGAGCAUAUGAAGAAAGUGUUUAGGAUUUCCCCAGAAGUGGAGCAUUAUGGGUGCAUGGUUGAUAUUCUUGGGCGAGGUGGGUACAUUGAGGAGGCAUGGCAUUUAGUUCGGACCAUGCCCAUGGAGCCUGACAACUUGGUUCUCAAGAGUCUUCUUAGUGCUUGUGCUAGCUAUGGUAGGGUGGAGCAUGCAGAAUGGGCUGCUAAGAAGCUUAUCCAGUUAGACCCAAGUAGUGGUUCUCCUUACGUGCUGCUAGCAAAUGCCUACUCAAGCAUAGGUAGAUGGGUUGAUGCUGGAAGAGUGAGGAAGAUGAUGAGAGAACGAGGCGUCACAAAAACACCAGGGUGUAGUUUGAUUGAGAUAGAUGGAGUUGUUCAAGAGUUUGUGGCUGGAGAAAAUGAAGAACACCCACAAAUUAGGGAGGUAAAGUCUCUGUUGCAUGGAAUGAGCAAACUUUUGAGAUUAAGUGGUAAUGCACCAACGUUAUAUGCAUAA